GAAGAGGUUCGUAUAAAAAUCGGAAGGCGUAGUUUUAAGGCGUAAGAAUAGGUACCCUUCUCGUAUGGCCACUAGGUGGCUAUUGCAUUUGUUGGCUCAUAAAAUGAACAAUCUUUGACAUAGCAGGGAUCGAAUAUUUUUUUACGAUGGCCGAUAGUUUAGCAAGAGUCUUUACAACUGAAGAUUUUAAUCCAGAAAAAUUUGUGAAGGAGCUCAGUGCACAAUGCGUCGGUGCAGACGAAUUGAGGCAACAACGGGCCAAAAUUCAAGAACUUGCAAAUAAUACGUCCGCACAACUGAAGCGUAAUGUCUACCAGAAUUAUAUGCAAUUUAUAGAGACUGCUAAAGAGAUCUCACAUUUGGAAAGUGAAAUGUACCAAUUGUCUCAGUUACUAAGCGAACAACGUUCAUUGUUAAGUACAUUAGGAUCCACCAGAACUACUGGUGUUAUUUUUGAAGAUUUAUCUGAAUCUCAAGUGGAAGAUGCUAAUGAUUCUACCUCCAAAGAAGAGGAACAGAAACAAAAACUGAUGCAACUGCUAGAAAACGUGGAAGGUGCUAUGAGUUUAGCAGAAAUACCUGGUCGCAUGUGCUUACACGAAGGUUCUUUGCUAGAGUUAGAUUCUAUAGAGGGAACACCAUUAAAAAGAGUUCAUGCAUACUUAUUUAAUGAUAUUUUACUGAUUGCCUCUUGGUUGGCAAACGGCAGCAGAAGAGGACCACCCAAGUAUAAAAUGCAAGCAGUUUACAAUCUUGAAAGUUUAGCUGUUGUUAACGUCAGAGACCUUGGAACUGUAAAAUUGGCAUUCAAACUGUUGGCAUUCUCUGAUACAAGAGUAUUCCAGUGUGCAACUGCAACAAGUAAAAAAGAAUGGCUAGAUAAAUGUGAGCAAGCAAAGAAAAUGAAAUUGGCAGAAGACAAUCCAACAGAUGCAUCAGUUAAUAAUAAACCACAGAAAGAAGAAAAAACGGCACCUUCUCGAUCCAUGUCUCUAGAUUCUAACACCUUGGGUAUAGAUGAUGAAGAUUCGGAAUAUCAUGAACCUCCGCCGGAGUGGAUGCUAGAGGUUGCAGAAGAUCUGGAUUCUUGUAUAGCUCAACGUCACUUUGAAGAAGCUUACAGCCUUUUGGAGAGAGCAAAAGCUUAUUUGAAAGAUGCUGAAACAACCCCACUUUUACUCGAGACUCAAUCGAAAGUAAAUGAUAGAGGACGGUCGCUCGUUGACGUUCUAACAAAAGAACUUGAAUUAAGCGCAGAAGCAAAAUCGCUUCAAGGUGGCGGUUUAAGAAGCGCGCGACGGGUGGUAAGACUCUUGAUACAAUUAAAUAGAAGCGCUCAAGCGUGUCAAUUGUAUUUACGGCUCUGCAGCGCCGUGCUAAAGGCACGUUUGAAAAGAGUUAAAAAAGAAGGACCUAUCGCACCCUAUGUGAAGCAACUUAGUGCGAUUGCCUUUAGCAAUAUUGUGGAAAUCGCAAAAGAAUUUUUGAAAAUUUUUCCACAGUCUACAAAUUGCACGUCUGGUUUAGUUGUCUGGUGCAGCCAAGAAGUUAAACAUUUGACGACGCAUUUGACCAAACAACUUUUUAUUCCGCAAGUGUCCCUGAGUACCUUGGUGGAGUGUAUAGUCUCUGUUCGAAGUCACUGCGAUCAGUUGACUCAAUUAGGAAUGGAUUUUCGUUAUCAGUUAGACGGCCAGCUUAGAUCCCCGUUAGCGAAAGCUAUACAAGAAGCAGGCGAGAAAUACGUCGAUACCAUAAAGGUGCAUAUAGCCGAAGACACUUGGCGGCCAACUAAUUUAGAAUCCAGCAAAAAUGUUCAAAAAGUAUUAUCCGAGCUGGAUGACCUGGGGAUCACUGUACCAUCAUCUUACAUAACAAACGAUCGCUGGAUAACGUUGACCGAUAAUACAUUAGCUUUCUCAAAAAUUUACGUCAGUCUUCUGGAGGACUGUCUCAGCGUCGCUACACCGGAACUUAUGGCUACGAUAGAUGGGGUUCUAGUAUCCGUGAUGCGAACUCAAGUACAGCACAUAACUUUGUCACUUACAAAUCCGAAAUUAAAGCAAGAGAAACAGUUGGUUCACGAUAAUGCAACCUAUGUCCGGGAUGUUAUAAUUAUGCGAGGACUAGAGCUAUAUAAAUCAGUAACAAAUCAAACCUUCAAGAAAUUAUUAGCGCUGAAAGAGCAGAUCGUAUUUGACUCAUUGUCCCCAGCAAAACCAAAACCUGCUCCUAGAACUUCGAUACCAAAGUAUUCGACCACGGAAUACAUUUAACUGAACCGGAAUAU